CCGGGUCAUCAGGUACCGGAUUGUCUGGCUCGACAGCGGGCACUGGGUCACCAGGCAUCAGGCAGUGGGCACCGGGUCACCAGGCAUUGGAUCGUCUGGCUCGACAGCGGGCAUCGGGUCACCAGGUAUGACAGCGGGCACUGGGUCACCAGGCAUCAGGUCAUUUGGCUCGCCAGCGGGCACCGCGUCAUCUGGCAAGGCAGUGGGCACCGAGUCACCAGGUACCGGAUCAUCUGGAUCAACAGCGGGCAUCGAGUCAACUGGCCUAAUAGGAUCAUCAGGCUGGAUCAGUUCAUCAUGCUGGGUAGAGGCAUCAGG